CCCUUGUCAUUCUCCAAGCCUCGCCGCCCAACUCAAGAAAGCCUUUUUCCUCCAUCUCCAUGGGGAUCUCCGUCGCCGUCCCCUCCCUCCUCCUCCUCCUCCUCCUACCACCGGCCGCCGCGCACUUCUCCUUCACCUACAACUUCACCGCCGCCUCGGCCUCCGACUCGGCGCCGUCCGGCAUCUCCUUCCAGGGCGACGCCUUCUUCAACAAGUACAUCCGCCUCACCCGCGACGAGCGCGUCGGCCCGCUCACCAGCAGCGCCGGCCGGGCCUACUUCUCCCGCCCCAUCGCGCUCUCCGACCCCAUCACCCGCCGCCUCGCCUCCUUCGCCUCCUCCUUCGCCUUCUCCAUCUCCGCUCCCGAGCCCUCCGCCGCAUCCGGGGAUGGCCUCGCCUUCUUCCUCUCCCCGUUCCCCUCCGUCCUCCCCAACAGCUCCGCCGGCGGCCUCCUCGGCCUCUUCAACUCCUCCACCCGCGACGCCAUCAUCCCCCUCGUCGCCAUCGAGUUCGACACCUUCCGGAACGACUGGGACCCCAGCGACGACCACGUCGGCAUCAACCUCGGCGGGAUCGUCUCCGACGCCACCGCCGACUGGCCCACCAGCAUGAAGGACGGACGCACGGCGCACGCGCGCGUCGCCUACGACGGCGACACCAAGAACCUCACCGUCGCGCUCUCCUACGGCGAAUCUCCCCCCACGGACGUCGUCCUGUGGUUCGCCGUCGAUCUGCGAGAACACCUACCCGACGCCGUGGCCAUCGGCUUCUCCGCCGCCACCGGCGAGGCCGCCGAGCUGCACAAGGUGCUCUACUGGGAUUUCACCUCCAGCGUCGACCCCGAGAAGGGGACCAUUAUGCUGUGGGUGGCAUUAGGGGUGUGCGGGUUCCUUGUUGUGCUCAUCGGCGCAGGGGUUGUUUGGUUCGCCAAGGAAUGGAGGAAGGCCGGGGAACCCGUCCUCUAUGGCGACAUUGACAUCGACGACGCAAUGGGGUACGAGGAGCUCGGCGAUGAUGAGUUCGUCGUGGAGAGCGGGCCAAGACGGUUCCGUUACGCCGAGUUGGCGUCAGCGACCAAGAAUUUCUCCGAGGAGAGGAAGCUCGGGCAGGGCGGGUUCGGUGCGGUCUACCGGGGUUUCUUGAAGGAGCUUGGUCUGGAGGUGGCCAUCAAGAGGGUCUCCAAGGGGUCGACACAGGGCCGCAAAGAGUACGCCGCCGAGGUGCGCAUCAUCAGCCAAUUGCGACACCGCCAUUUGGUCAGGCUCGUCGGGUGGUGCCAUGAGCACCGUGGCGAUUUCUUGCUUGUGUAUGAGCUCAUGCCCAAUGGCAGCGUCGACCACCACCUCUACGGAAAGGGCGUGCUCCUCACCUGGCCGACGCGGUAUGACAUUGCUCUAGGCCUCGCCUCGGCGCUGCUCUACCUCCACGAGGAGUGUCGGCAAUGCAUCGUGCACCGCGACAUCAAGCCGAGCAAUGUGAUGCUGGAUGCCGCCUUCAGUGCCAAGCUUGGUGACUUUGGCCUUGCUAAGCUUGUUGAGCAUGGCAGCCAGCCCUACACCACCGUCCUGGCUGGCACAUUGGGGUACUUGGCGCCAGAGUGCCUGACGACAGGCAAGUCGAGCAGGGAGUCGGACGUGUACAGCUUCGGCGUGGUGGCAUUGGAAAUCGCUUGCGGGCGGCGGCCAGCAGAGCUAACCGAGGAGCCGAGCAAGGCAAGACUGGUGCCGUGGGUGUGGGAUCUGUAUGGGAAGAAAGCCCUUCUUGAAGCGGCAGACUGGAGGUUGAAGGGAGAGUUUGAUGAGAAGCAGAUGGAGCACCUGAUGGUCGUCGGACUAUGGUGUGCUCAUCCUGACUACACACAUAGACCAAGCAUCAGGCAGGCCCUGAAUGUGCUGAAACUCGAGGCGCCACUGCCUGUGCUGGCACCCAAGAUGCCAGUACCAACGUUCUUCCCUUUGCCUGACUUGGCCACUUCGGUAGUAUCAGUUGAAGCUUUGUCAAGCUCAGAUUACCCAGGCGUUAAUGAGUAUGAAUCGUCAGCUCGCAGCGGGCCGUCAUCGAGGGAUAGACUUCUGGAGCCAUGAAUGUGGAUUUUGGGAGUUGAACCUAGCUUUCAUCGAAAUUUUGGUUGUUUCUUGUUGUACUGCACAUGGAGGUGUGAUCGAUUUGAAUUUGGGUUUGUAUGACAACAAUGGGCUUGUCAAAAGGACAGCACAAAAUGUUCGUCGCAGUUUGAACAAUUCUAUGUCGACUGCAGAGUAUACACAGAGUUUUAUACAUAGCUUCCAUCAAA